AUGAAUGAAUUUAUGGUGACCGAGAUGAAUGUUUUUGGGUCAUCUGAAGUAGAGAUAGUUGAAAGAAGAUCUGAUAGGAGAAAGAAACCACAUCGUUACCAUUCGGGAACAGUCGCACUCCGUGAGAUUCGUCGUAACCAGAAGAGUACGAAGCUAUUGAUCCACAAACUGCCUUUCCAACGUUUGGUCCGUGAAAUCACCCAGGACUUCAAAACCUACUUGCAUUUCCAGAGCUCUGCUGUUAUGGCUUUGCAAGAAGCCAGUGAAGCGUACUUGGUCGGUCUUUUCGAAGACAUUAACUUAUGCGCCAUCCACGCCAGGCGCGUUGCCAUUAUGCCGAAAGACAUUCAGUUGGCUCGUUUUAUCCGUUGA